GUCUCCUAGUUAACGACAAGGGAAUCGUUCAUACAGCAUUUUUACAGAGUAGUUUCCCCACCCGAGGCAAUUGCCCACCUCUCUCCCCGACUUGGUACCAAGUUUAGGUCAAUUUUGAUUAUGUUUUGCAACUAGAGGGGGAUCUUUUUUCUACAGAUUGUGUUAGAAUGAUUUGGUCGUAGCUGUGAACAAAGAGGUUUGAGUGACACUGCCAGCACUAAUUAUGGGAACUCCAGUCAAGGAUGUGGAGUUAAAAGACAGUGCACCCCAGAACCUGCUGUUGGAUAAACAUGUGGCUUACAUAGAAGCUUACAGUGCAAAGAAAGAUGAAUAUGAGUACGUCAUGACAGAGUACCUGAGAAUGAGUGGCAUAUACUGGGGGCUGACCGUGAUGGACUUGAUGGGCAGUCUGGACAGAAUGAGCAGGGAAGAGGUGCUGGACUUUGUCAAAGGAUGCCAACACGAGUGUGGUGGGUUUGGUGCCAGUAUUGGCCAUGAUCCCCAUCUGUUAUACACACUAAGUGCAGUCCAGAUUUUAUCCCUGUAUGAUGGAGUGUCUUCUGUCAAUGUAGAAAAAAUAAUAGAAUUUGUAUCCAGCCUGCAGCAGCCAGAUGGCAGUUUCUAUGGGGACAAAUGGGGUGAGGUUGAUACACGGUUUUCUUUCUGUGCUGUAGCAUGCUUAGCACUUCUGAAAAAGAUUGAUGCCAUCAAUGUUGACAAGGCAGUCAAUUAUGUGCUCUCAUGCAUGAACUUUGAUGGUGGAUUUGGCUGUAGACCAGGGAGUGAAUCCCACUCUGGACAAAUCUACUGCUGUGUUGGGAUGCUGUCCAUAUUGAACAGACUCCACCAUGUGCAGGCUGACAUGCUGGGCUGGUGGCUGUGUGAGAGACAGCUGCCCUCUGGUGGCUUAAAUGGUAGACCAGAGAAGCUGCCCGACGUAUGUUAUUCAUGGUGGGUUCUAGCAUCUUUGAAGAUAAUAGGCAGACUCCACUGGAUAGACAGGGAUAAACUGGUCAGAUUUAUACUGGCCUGUCAAGAUGAAGAGACAGGAGGGUUUGCAGAUAGGCCAGGAGAUAUGGUGGAUCCCUUUCACACCUUGUUUGGCAUAGCAGGACUGUCUCUGCUGGGAGAAAGACAGAUCAGAGGUGUUAACCCAGUGUUUUGUAUGCCAGAGGACGUUAUAAAAAGGAUAGGAGUGUCCAUGCAGUUACUGUAAUUGUUGAUGUCAUCAUAACCGUGAAUGUCAUUGUUAGAAAAGAGAUAGGGGUGUCCCUGCAGUUAUUGUAAUUGUCAUAUUUUAACUGCUUCUGAAGGACAGGCCUAAGCUGUAAAACCUGAUUCUCAGUAACACAGGUCGUUACAAAAACUUGUGGUGAUUGCAUGGUCUAAUUGUCAUGCAUCUCAUGUGCUGUAGUAGUUAAUACAUACAAUGUAGUUGUUGUGUAAGUGAUGAAAUAUUGGAAAAACUAUGUCAAAACUCUUGGAUAGUAUAACAGUGAAACUAGGUUACAUUCGUUUAAAUAAGUGAACACUGGGGGUAAGGGGCAUAUUUAGUAAUAAUAAGGACCUAUUACAACAAGAACAUAUACCUAAAUAUCAAAACAAUUUUCUGCAGCGAUCCCGUUCAGUUCCAUUAAUAGCCAUUCCAAUAUUCGAGUCAAUUAUUGCCAUAACUUUAGUAUGGCUGAUAUAAUGCAGUCAUGGUUUAACAUAUUUACAGGUCAAGAAAAAGAAAUACACAAAUAAGAACAGUUUGUGAUUACGAUGGUUUUAUUUACACAUUUACAGUUAAAUUUUUUAGGCCAAUGGAUAUGCAAUAAUGAUAUAAGAAUUAAAGGAUAAUUGAUGUUGAUGAUGGAUCAGUAUUGACAAUAUAAUUGUACCACAGAUGCU